ACCUUAUCUAACCUACAUGGAAUUAAGAUAACAUUACUUACACGUCAUAUCGCUCAAGUUGUUCCCUUAAAACUAUUGCGUGUGACAUUGCUAUUCUCAAAACUCAAGUGUAUCACGUCCUACGUUUAAUUGUGUGUCGCAUGGGAAAAUGUUACUUGGAGCAAUGACAAACCUCAACCAUAAUGUUUUGAUGGCUUCAGACAAACAAACAAGCUGUAAUUCCAUGAAGGGUGAAGGGAACGUACCUAAACAGGCAGCCCCUGCUAAUGGAGCGCCUAUCUCGCAGCAGCAGAGCUACAAGAUGGCGCAAGCAAUAUUUGAAGUGCUUGAAGGCAUGGACAACCAGACAGUGCUGGCGGUCCAGUCUCUGCUGGAUGGCCAAGGCGGAGUUCCAGACCCAAACAACCAGAAUGUCUCUGGGACAUCCACUAUCCAGUCCAUGGACGACGAGGACGUGUUCCUGUGUGGGAAGUGUAAGAAACAGUUCAAUUCUCUGCCAGCCUUCAUGACACACAAGAGGGAGCAGUGCCAGUCUAGUGCCCCCUCCCUGUCCACAGUGUCCUUGGCCUCCACGAAUGCCUACACACCCGUCCCGUCAAUCAGCUCUGGACCACAGACUCCUGCCAACAGACAGGUAUCCACCUACAUCACAGUCCCUCCCUCUCCUCUGACACACACUCUGGUCCAAGGCAACGUGCUGGUCAGUGACGAUGUUCUUAUGUCAGCUAUCUCAGCCUUCACCUCCAUCGACCAGCCCAUGGCCACCAUGCAGACACCUAUACAGAGUAACCUGAGCAUGCACACAGCUGGUGUAUCUUACCUGCAGCACCAUCACCACCACCACCACCAUCAUCAUCAUCACCAGCAGCAGCAGCAACAGCAGCAGUCCUCCCACACCCUGCCCUCUGGCCAGACACCGGCCCACUCCCUGCCAGGUGGACAGCCUGCCCAGCAGCCGCUCUCUUCACAGGUCCCAGCGAGCCACAGCAACUCAGUGGUCCAGGUGUACAGCACUCUGCCCCAUAUGGCUGGGGGUGUUGGUGCAGAGAUCCACACCCUGGGUCUGCAGCCUUUCCAUCCUGUACAAGUGCCCAGUCAGUGUGUGGAGAGCCAGUCAUUCACCACCCCUCCUGUCUACAGCCCCGGGAAGCAGAGCACCAAAACGAAGAUCUGCAGCAUCACCACCAACCUGCCAGAGCUGGGCGACUUUGAAAAGGUCAUCAUUCCCAAACGACCAAGGAGUAGUAAAAAAAGCUCAGACGGAGCCACAGCAGAGCAGCUGAAAGGAAAAGGUCCAAAGCUGAAGUGUAAUUUCUGUGACAAAAUCUUCUCGAAAAACUUUGAUCUUCAGCAGCACAUUAGAAGUCACACAGGAGAGAAACCGUUUCAGUGCAUCGUCUGUGGACGAGCUUUUGCCCAAAAGUCCAACGUGAAGAAACACAUGCAGACACACAAGGUGUGGCCUAUGGGUGUGGCCAGCACGGUGUCAAGGUUACCAAUCACAGUAAAGGUGGUACCAGUGUCAUCCAAUGAGGAGGAGGGGGGCCGGGAGCAGCAGCAGCAAGGUGAACCAGAGGAGGAGGGGUCACAACAGCAGAACAGUCAAACACAAGCAGAAGAAGAGGCAUCUCAAACAGAAGUUCCAGGGGAGUUGGAGGAGAGUGCGACUGAGGCUCGGGCUGAUCUGGAGGGCAGCCGAGGGGAAGCCGUGCAGAACGGGCAUCCUCAGGUACAGAUGCUGGUGCAGUCCAACCAGAACCAACAGUGCCAAGCUCAGACCAGUCAGAUAGUUGUGAUAGACAGCUCCUACCAGUGCCAGUUCUGCGCCAGCAAGUUCAAGAGCUACUUCCAGCUCAAGUCCCACCUGACCCAGCACAAAGGGGAGCAGGUUUAUAAGUGUGUGUUGAAGUCCUGCUCCCAGACCUUCCAGAAGUUGGAUCAGUUUCUGGAGCAUAUCAGGACGCACCAGGAGCAGCUGACCUACCGCUGCCACCUCUGCAGCAAGGUGUUCCCCUCGCUGUUUGAACUGGGAGUCCACCAGUACUCCCAUUGCUUCUGCCCACAACAGAACACACGCAAGGAAACCGCCGUCUACAGGUGUGUAAAGUGUCAAAGCAGAUAUUCUACUCAGGAGGCACUGGAACAACAUCUGCUGACUGCCUCACACAACUUUCCCUGCCCACACUGUCAAAAGGUUUUCCCGUGUGAAAGGUACUUCAGACGCCACCUCCCCACUCAUGGUAUUGGAGGGAGGUUCAAGUGUCAGAUCUGCAAGAAGGCCUUCAAGACAGAGCACUACCUCAAACUACACACACGUAUUCACUCAGGUGAAAAGCCAUACAAAUGCUCUCUCUGUGAGGCGACGUUCAACAGGAAGGACAAAGUGAAGCGACACAUGCUCAUCCAUGAACCCUUCAAGAAAUACAAGUGUCCCUUUAGGACACAUGUAGGCUGCACCAAAGAAUUCAACAGACCAGACAAACUCAAGGCACACAUUCUGUCACAUUCUGGUAUCAAACCCUACAAAUGUCUGUUUUGUCAGAAGGCAUUCAGCCGCAGGGCUCACAUGCUCGAGCAUCAGCAGUCCCACACAGAUAACUACCGCUUCAGAUGCUCCACUUGCAACAAGGGUUUCACCAGACAGAGCUACUACAGAGAUCACAAAUGUCCUGCAGCAGUGAACGGGACAGGAGCUGAAGGAGGGACUGGAGAGGCAGAGGGAGACAGGGUCGUAGGAGUGCCGAUGACAGAGGAGAAGGAUGGAGAGGAUGAUGAGAGAAGAAGCAGGUUCACGAGCAAAGCAAAAAGGCCAGGGACUGGGGGAGAUGAUGAGGAUGACAGCUCAAAGGGCAGCCAAGAGCAGGUGGAAACACAUGGGGAGGAAGAGGUCGAGUACGAGGAGGGAGAGGGGAGGAGGACUGACGAGGGUUGUCAGGCUGCAAUGUCUAUCACAACCAUUGAAGGGCAGACGGAAAGAGAAGAGGAGGAGGAGGAUGACGAGUUGGAACAUGGUGGCGAGACACUGGAGCAGAUUCAGAGCAACGACCAAAACUGUUUGCAGCAGCCAUGUUUGUAGUUUUAAACAUCAUCUUUCCUGGACAUGGACCAAACAAAAUCAAUUAUCCAUUAUUUAAAAAAAAAAAAAAAGUGUCUAGGAAAUUGUUUCAUUAUUUGUUUUAAAUUAAAACGUUAUAUAACUUAUACACCCUGCUUUUACUUCUUUUACUGUAAUAAAAAUGAAAAAUGUGAAUAUAGCGUAUGGCAUAUAGCGUAUGGCAUCAACUGUGUUAAUGAUAAUUAAAAGUAAAAAAACA